UUGUUGAAUAAUUGAAAAACAAUGCGACAAAACAUGAAUUUUAGGUUUCUUCUAGUGGAAUUAAGAUGUUCCAUCAAUUCCGUAGUGAUUGGAAUUGACUUAAAUUUCGUGAUUUAGUUCAUGUUUGGGACAGGGAAGAUCUUUGCCGAUAUAAAGGUAUUGGAUUUUUGAGUUAUAAUAAUUUCCAAUCGGUUACUGCUGUUUUCUUCCCAAAGAAAUUCCAUUGGAAUCUGUUUUUCUGAUCUUAGAUGGAUGUGGCAUUACUGUCAAUGUCAUUAUUUCACUCUGAAUUGUAUGAAGUGAUAUCGAGCAGAUGCUUCUUUUUCCCUAGAAAGCUUGAUUUCGUCUAACACUCAGAACUAUGUGUUUAUUAUAAUAUGUUUAGAAGUGUACCUUCUUUGCACAAUCUAUGAACCCCUGCGGUCUCCCGUUUAUUAUUGAGGUUUGUUUCACUUCCUGGAGCUCCAUGCACCAGUUGAGAAAAUCCUAGUACUAGCCUAGCAGAGAAAGGUAUUUAUUAACACUGAGUUUUAGAUUGAAACAUGUUUCCUUUGAUUUGGGUGUAGAAAAAAAAAAAAAGGAAGGGUAGGAAAAUAGGUAGUGAACCCAUGACACGAUUUGGAAAAAAACAUUUAUUGUUUGGAAUGCCUUUUUAGGCCUUUUGGACCUUUGCGGGGAAACUUAGAAUAAGCUAGUCCAUCCUCAUUCACUGGAUAAGAUUAUGAGAACAAAUGCACAUUUGUGGUGCUCACUAUUUGCCACUGGGUGCAGGAUUCUAUAAUCCUAGCAAGAGGUACUACGUGAAGGGCGUCAUCAAUGCUCUGCUAAAGUAUGCUGCAGUUGGCACUCCAAUGGCAGCUGUCAUUAUUUGGCAUUGCCAUUUGCAAUUCCAUCCUUGGCAUUCCUUUUACUACUGCCAAAUCUGAUGCCAUAUUUUUGUACUUGGUUGAAGAAUGGUGGUUGAUUAAAAAAUAGCAUUUUGCAUGGAUUCCUGUGCUAAAAUUUGACAUUGUUAUUGCAUUGGAGAGUAAUUACCAAUGUUAAAAAAUAAGUUUGGCAUUGCUAUUUAGCAUUUUUCACUCUUUUUUCUAUCUUUAAGUGGACUCUAGAUUUUUUUUCCUGGGUUAGCUGUGUUCCCUUCUGUUGUGGCAAUUUAUCAAAUGUUUAUAACAAACAAUGUAUAAAAAAAUAAAAAAUAAAAGUAUUUUGCAUUGGAGAUGUUCUAAGGACGAAUUGAAGUGUGCAUUAGCUUUUAUUUCUUGCUUCCUCACACAAAUCUUUAUUUGAGUUAUUCCUUGGGUUGUUAUUUCAACUGAAGUAGUCAGAUAGCAUUGGAUCAGUAAGGAUCCAUUGCGCAAAACAUCUUCAUAGAACUAAUUGUCAGCCCCCACCAUUUUUUCUCCUUCCAAAAUCUACAGCCACUACCCAGUUCUUAGCACCUUGGAAGAUUCUGUCUUCCUAUGUAUUUCAUUCCAGCCCUUGUUUUAUUUUUGCAAUGUUACCCCCUCUCCCAAAAGUCCUUUUGGAAUGCCUCCCUUAGAAAAUCCACCCCAAUAGACAAACAUUUAUUCCAACUGUUGGUGAAGCUUUCCCUUUGGAAUCAUUACUGUUUUCUUGUGGUUGCCAACAUUAUUCAUGCCAUAAGUAAAUCAAUUUCCUUAUUUCUAAAGAAUGAUUAAAUGCGAGUGAGCACUGCCCUUUCUUGGGUUUGCAUUAAUUUCUAGGAACAUCUAUAUGAAAUUCCCCACUUGACAUUGGGGAAUUGGAUAGCUCCAAUUGAAAUUUAAUCUCUUACUAAUAUAUAUCAAUCGCGAGAUUCUCCAAAUCCUGUUAGGUGUUAAGUUUUAAGCAGCACAAAUGUUUGGUGACACUUGAAAUGUUAAUCUCACGUAUUGAACUUUGUAGAUUUAUCAGGCUAACCACAUUGGGGGUUUUAUCUAUCCAAUGGGAAAAUAUGCAUAAAUAUCUCAAUGGCAUUAUCUCCCUGUGUCAGCUUCCGAAAUUCUUCCAAGAGGUCGUAUUUAUCAUGAGACAUAUGGUUGUCAAAUGAAUAUUAAUGAUAUGGAGAUUGUCCUCUCUAUCAUGAAGAAAGCUGGAUAUAAUGAAGUUGUGGAAGUUCCUGAGAGUGCUGAGGUCAUUUUCAUCAAUACUUGUGCUAUAAGAGACAAUGCAGAACAAAAGGUGUGGCAGAGGCUUAACUAUUUUUGGUUUCUUAAAAGGCAUUGGAAGAGCAAUGUCUCUAUUGGAAGGGCGGAUUCCCUGCACCCUCCAAAAGUAGUUGUAUUAGGAUGCAUGGCUGAAAGGUUGAAGGAUAAGAUACUAGAUGCGGAUAAGAUGGUUGAUGUUGUCUGUGGGCCUGAUGCUUACAGGGACUUGCCGCGGUUGUUAGAGGAAGUAGACUAUGGUCAAAAAGGGAUCAAUACUCUUCUUUCACUUGAAGAAACUUAUGCUGAUAUUAGCCCAGUUAGAAUUUCCAAAAAUUCAGUUACUGCUUUUGUCUCUAUUAUGAGGGGCUGCAACAAUAUGUGCUCGUUUUGCAUUGUUCCUUUCACUAGAGGGAGGGAGCGAUCACGGCCUGUGGAAUCAAUUGUCAGAGAGGUGGCUGAGCUUUGGAAAGAAGGAGUAAAAGAGGUCAUGCUUCUUGGUCAAAAUGUGAAUAGCUAUAAUGAUGCUUCUGGGUUUGACAAAGAAGUUGAACCAGGUGCUAAUUGGAAACUUAGUGAAGGUUUUUCCAGCAAGUGCAAAGUGAAGAAAAUGGGUUUACGCUUUUCUGAUCUAUUGGACCGACUGUCCACAGAAUUCCCUGAAAUGCGGUUCAGGUACACAUCCCCACAUCCUAAAGAUUUCCCAGAUGAGUUACUAUAUUUAAUGCGAGAUAGAUAUAAUGUCUGCAAAAGUAUCCACUUGCCUGCACAAACUGGGAGUAGUACUGUACUUGAAAGAAUGCGUCGGGGUUAUACACGGGAAGCGUACUUGGAUCUCGUACAAAAAAUACGGAGAAUCGUUCCUGAUGUUGGGAUUACCAGUGAUUUCAUAUGUGGCUUUUGUGGAGAAACAGAGGAGGAAUAUGCAGACACAAUAAGCCUUGUAAAGGCUGUUGGUUAUGACAUGGCAUACAUGUUUGCUUACAGCAUGAGGGAGAAAACCCAUGCACAUAGAAACUAUGUUGAUGAUGUUCCUGACAACAUCAAGCAGAGGAGGCUGGCAGAGAUGAUAGAGGUCUUCCGUGAGAGUACAGGUCAGUGUUAUGACUCCCAAAUUGGUACUGUUCAGCUGGUGUUAGUUGAAGGCCCCAAUAAGAGAGCUCCAGAUACAGAGCUAAUCGGCAAGACUGAUAGAGGCCAUAGAGUUUCAUUUAAAAAUACACCCGUCCCCCAUUGGGAUGAUGAUGUUGGAGGGAAUCAAAAUCCUAGAGUUGGCGAUUUCGUGGAGGUUCGCAUAUUGACGUCAACACGAGCCUCACUUUUUGGGGAAGCACUUGCUAUAACUAAAUUAAGCUUGUUUUACAGCAAUGCAGAUGAAGCCAUUGCCGAUGAACAGAACUUGAAAUCAAGCUGUUUAUGAACUUUCUGCUGUCCUCAUUCUUUAAUGAAAUCCUCAAGAUCGCCUUUUCUCUUUGCUUGGCGAUGGUGGGGGGUCUGAGAUCUCGCUAUCAGGUCAAAAGUAGGAUUAAAAUAGCAGAGGUGAGUGGGGUGGCAUCCUGCUACAAAGCUGGUCUGAGCAUGAGAAUCUACAACUUCAACUCAUCCCCGUACUCGAUAUGGCUCAGAAGCGCCAACACAUUGUUUUAAUAUUUAUUUUGUUUUUAAUCUUGCCCCUUCGACCUUCAAUGAAGUAUAUACAGAGGUUUGAAAUUCUUCUUGUACUGAUACUAAGUUAAGGUCAAAUUCAUAAAGAAAGAAAAGAACUCAGAAAAAUCUGAGCUGAAUUUUCACAAAUUCCCACCGCAAGAGACACCAACGUGUUAAAGCACAUGGCGGGCGUGUUUCAUGAAUCAUCAGCCAUUUUCGGAAAAUGGAGUAUGAAAAGCGGCCGCAGCAUCUUUCACAUGUAUUAAUCAUGGGGAUUGCCUUAAUCCAAUCAAGUGCUCAGAAGAAAAGUUGGAUAUGGGGAAUGAUAUCCCAAUUGUAAUGCUUGUACAACACUGAGGGGAGGGACCAUUGGUUGGGAGAUGGGACUACGGAGGAUUAUUAGCAUCAACAAGCCUUAACUUUUGGUCAUGCAUGUGGGCAGUGGGAGGCCACUACAGAAUAUGUAUGGAAUGGGUUUUGGUUUGGUCUAGUUCAACUCGUGUUUAUCAAUUUUUAUUUUCCUUUCUAUUUUUAAAUUUUGUUGAACCACAUAGGGAUGUAAACUAUUAAUAUUGAAUUGUAUGAUCGCUUAAUAAGUUGGCAUUA